UCUGCCACAGGUUUUUUAAUUGGUUUAAAGCUAUUUACAACUCAUGUUUUUUCAUGCGGGCGAUGGUGUUUUGGAGGAACGAUUGCUGGAUUUCCUGAGCAGUCCCGCUGAUCCUGAAUGGGAACCAGGGCAACUGCUGGUGCUGCGAGCAUGUAAUAAAUCCUGGCAAGACAAGGCUGGUCCUCUGCUGCUGUCUGGCUGUUCCAACCGCCUGGCCAGCGAAGACGCGCAGGUCCGAGCCGUGGCAGUUUCUGCGUUAGCAGCUUCGACCAGUAGUCGCCCAGAGGAAGAGGACAGGGAAAGUGCUGAUGCAGCGAUGGCCGCAGCAUUGAAGAGUUUGGAGGACCUCUCUGUGGACGUGCGCCGCGUGGCCCUCCGCACCUUGGCGCACGUGGCGGCGCCGGGCAACGCUGCAGCGGUGCAAAGCGCCGCGCGGCUGCUGACGGACCGCGCUUGGCCGGUGCGCUGGGCGGCCAUCGAUGCCGUGGCAUGGCUGGCGCAGGGCGGCAGUCCGAGCACCGUGCGCGUGGCCGUUGAAGUCUUGGCCGUUCGAUUGGAAGAUGUCGAUUGGCCGGUGCGGAUGGCUGCGGCCAUUGGACUGAACAAUUUGCUGCAGUUCCUGGCGGCCAUUUCGGAUGAGAUCAAAUCCGAUGGCCCUGACAGCAAACUGCAAGUGGGUAAGAUCGAUGAUGUGCUGGAUCAGAUGGAGUUACUUCUUGAUCCCUUGUUGAAAAUGCUUCAGGACCCUGCCAAAGAAGUGAAGCAGGCAGCCUUGGACCUUUUGCCCUUGGUGUGUGAAGCUCCCUUCGAGGGCUCCACCAACAGCAUCCCCUCUCUGCAGCGUAUCCUGGAGGAUGUGUCCCUGCCGGAGCAGCUGCGAAACGCGGCGGAGGGAGUGGUGAAGAUGUUGAGAGAGAGACAAGCUGUGGAGGAAACAAAAGCUGGAAGCGGGUUGGGGGGUCGUAGCGAUUGUGGCUGUGCCUAUGAGAUUUGCAGUGAUUUGUUGAAUCGUUUUAGUAAAGCCCCAAGGGAAUUUGCUUUCGACUACGUGAUGGACAGUAGUGAUGCCACAUCUGGAUCAUUUGUAAGUCAGGAAAGGUGCUAUCAGCUGAUGGCUGAAAAGAUGGUGGAGCACUCCCUGCAGGGGUUUAGCACUUGCUUGUUCUGCUAUGGUCAAACAGGAACCGGCAAGACCACCACAAUCUUAGGGAAACCGGAACCGACCUCAGAACAAGGGCUGCUGUUGCGGCUGGUGACCGACCUCUUUCAGCAGGUGAGCAUCUUGGGGGAGCAGGUUCAAUGCAGGGUGCAGAUUGUGGAAGUGCACAAUGAGAGGGUCAGAGAUCUGCUGACUGAGGGGAAUGACAGUCAGAAUCCAGAAGUUCAUGUUCAUCCUCAGCUUGGGGUUUAUUUGAAACAUGCUGUGGAUCAACCAGUGCAGUCCCUGGAUGCAUGCCUGGGCAUCAUCGAAGAUGCCUCGGGCCGUCAAACAGUGGCGUCCACUGCCAUGAACUCGCAAUCCUCCAGAGGUCACACGGUGUACAAGUUGAGUGUUGAACGCCACGGCGGAGACAACACCGUGAUGACCUCGGAGGUCUUCUUCGUGGACCUGGCGGGGCGUGAGAAUGAACGAACCACGCGGGUCUCGGGGGAGAGACUCGUGGAGUUGAGUUUCAUCAACCGAAGCUGGUGUUGGGAUGGCCAACCAGGAAGUCUCAUGUGGCUGUCCCAAUGCAUCUAUGCUUUGGGGAAUACAGCCAGUGGACGACGAAGUAAGAGGUUGAGCAGGUUGAAUGGUGAGGAAAGGCGCAGUGGGUCCUUCCGGCUCAGCAGCCUCAGAGACAGCAAGGAACUCACCCGCUCCAGCAUGAUUUCUGAGGAUUCUGAUGCCACCCCUCACCGCAGGGGCAGCAAAGCAGAGAACAACACCAUGGCGAGAUUUCGGAAUUCCAAACUCACACUGCUGUUGGCAAAGGCCUUGAGUGGAAAUUCCAAAACCUCAGUGAUUUGUACCUUGAGCCCUGCCAAAGCCAAUGCCGAAGAGAGCUGCACCACUUUGAACUUUGCGGCGAGCCUGAAGAGUGUGAAGGUCUUUGCCACACCUGCCACGCGAAUUGACAAGGACUCUCUGAUCAGUGGCUUGCAGUCUGAGUUGCAAGAAUUGCGCCAGCAGCUUUCCGCAGAUAAUUCGGUGGAAUUGUCAAGUCAACUGGAAGUAGCCAAUGGCAUGCUGGAGAAAUAUCGUGCCAGCUGGCAGCAAAAGAUAAAGGAGAAUCAACAGCUUCGGCAGCAAUGCAGUUCUGCUUUGCAAAGGUUGGGGCUGGCACGGUCUCGAAUUGCAGGGCGCUCUUUGACUCCAGAUCCCUAUUUGGCACUGGAGGGGAAAAAGGCACGUGAGGGGCGGCCCAGCUGCCCCCAUCUUGCCAGCUACGAUGAUCCAGAGCGCAGUGGGCGGAUGAUUUUUCCGGUGACAGACAAGAGUGAGUUCAGCUUGGGAUCUGCACCAGAGUGUCACUUUGUCCUUCCAGAAAGACAUGGCAUCGCCCCACGCUGUGCCUACCUUUGGUUGGAGGAUGACCGGCUUUUCAUCCGCGCCAGCAAUGGCAUCCCUGUGCCGCGGGUGGAGGUGAACCAUCAGCGACUUGCGGUGGAUGAGGUGAAGGAGCUCUUUCAUGGAGAUUUUUUGGUCUUUGGCAGCGCCUGCUGUUUCUUCGUUUGUUUGGACGACUUGGCCGUGUCAGAUUCGCACAGGGUACGAAAGUUGCCAGCCUGGUGGGCUUUGGGGAUGAAAGAGCGCACCAAGGUGAUGCAAGAAAUUCUGGAUUCAGAUGCAACAUCCAAGGAGCUUCAGGUGGCUCUACACUACAUGUCCGUUUUGCAAAGCCAGAAUUUGGACAGCGAAGGCUUGCGAAAUUUGGACAAGUUCUUGGGCUCUGCGAAACGAGCUGCAGAGUUGGUCUCGGAGGGCAAUGCUUUAACGGGUGCCCUGAAGCCGUUGUCAAAACUGAAACUCGAGCUAUCAUCCAUAGCUCCCGUGAUGUUGUAUGGAUACGGAGACAACUGUGGGGUGCCAGAGCUUUGUAUUCGACUUGUCAAAGACCUUCGACCAAAAAUGCCUGAGGUGGAGACCCUUGCAUUUUGGACGUUGGCACAGUUCCAGGUGCGCCUGAGGAUAAUGCGUGAGCUGCACGAGAAACGGCUUCACAGUCCGGACACUUUUGCGCUGGAUGCUAGGGCUGAUCCUUGGGCUGAGCAUGCUGUGCCCAGCUCUUCUCGUCGUAUGGGGGCUUCUGAGUUGCGGGGUGAUAUUCACUCAGAAGCAGCGAAGGUGGGCGUUGGUACCUCAAGUUUGGCCCAGGAGCGCAGUGAGAUGACUCAGAUCUUAGAUGACCACAGUGACCACAGGGAAGGCCAGUAA